UUCGCGGUUUUGGUUGUGAAAAAAGAAAACAAAAAAUAUUGGCUCAACAUAUACAAAACAUUAAAUAACGACAAGUAUUCUAAUUAAAACGUUACUCAAUAAUGGGUUGUGCUGAAAGCAAAGACGGCGAAGGCGAAGCCCAAAACAAUAGAAAUCGACCAAAAUAUCGCUCCUGCACAGAUGUCAUCUGGCUGACCAUUUACAUAUUAUUCUGGCUAUUUCUGAUUGUCAUUGCGAUAUUUUCGUUUGUUUAUGGCAACCCGUUGCGUCUUAUCAAUGGCUAUGAUUCCUUUGGCAACACCUGUGGCGUUAAGCACAAUGAGAAAUUCCAAAACUUUCCCUUAUCCGGCAUGAAUACCUUGGACAAACCGGAGCUGUUCUAUUUUGACGUUAAGGAACUUAAGAAAUCCUUAAAGAUCUGUGUUAAAGCAUGUCCGAAACGAAGCCUGAACAAUCCGAAAGAGCUACUGCAGUAUUAUAGCGAAACUGGAUUCCAGUUCUGCAAAUAUGACUUUAACAUGGGCCAACUGGACAGACCAGGCAUGACUAACGAUGAUAAAACCUUUGAUACCCUCGGGCCAUGUCCCCGUUUGCCCGUCUUCGAGAGUACCCCAGUACUCCAUCGCUGUGUGCCCAAGCAGUCCAGCAAAGAAGUCAAGGAAAUGUAUAAUAUGCUCAACAAUUGGGAUGUGGCUCAACAGUUUCUGGGUGACAUUUACUCCACCUGGCAUAUUAUUGCCAUUGUCUGUGCAGUUUCACUGCUCAUCUCUAUUGCCUUGGUGACCAUGAUGCAUUGGCUGUCGCGCAUUGUGUCCUGGCUGAUUUGCGUGCUGGUAAUUGUGGCAAGCAUUGGAUUGACCGUGGCACUGUGGUACGCUUACUAUAGCAUUCGCAACAAGUCGGCCAGCACGCAAUACUCUCAGCUGGAGGAAUUCCUGCGCAAUCAGCAGGCGGUGCUCACCCUUGCUGUGCUAGCCACAAUCACCAUGGUCAUUCUUUUGGUUAUCAUUUACUUCCUUAAGAACAAACUUUCUGGCUUGGCUGCUCUUUUUGAGGAAGCUGGCGUUUGUAUGAUGAAUCUCCCUGGCUUGUUGAUUGCCCCGCUUUUGGCAUUUAUUGUGCUCAUUGCAUUUCUGGCCUUUUGGGUGGUUGUCGUCAUUUGUCUGGUUACAGCCACAACGCCCGAUAAGAGCCCGAUUGCUCCGUUUCACAGCUCAGCCAUUCAUCCGCAGAUGCCCACCAAUGCUGCCCUCUUGCUCAAUCAGACAGCAGCUGGAACUGAUCAGCGAACCAUAACCCGGAUAGAGUAUGCGGAUGCCGGUGCUCUGCGCAGCAUGUUCUGGAUCUAUGUGGUGGGUCUCAUUUGGACAGUGGAGUUCAUCUUUGCCUGCCAGCAAUUUGCUUUGGCUGCUGCAGUUGCCUUCUGGUACUUUAACAAGCCGACAACGACGCCAACUGUCUACGCGAUUGGCAAACUAAUCAAAUAUCAUUUGGGCACUGUUGCCAAGGGCUCGUUUAUCAUAACCAUAUUCAAAAUACCACGUUUGAUAUUGACCUAUCUCUAUGCCAAACUGAAGAAGGGUGAGGAUAAAGGCUCGGAGUGCGCUGCGUGCUGCCUGAAGUGUUGCAUCUGCGGUUUCUGGCUCCUUGAGAAAUUUAUACGCUUUCUCAAUCACAAUGCCUACACUGUGGUCGCCAUUGAGUCCAUUAACUUUUGCCCAGCGGCAGGCAUUGCCUGGAACGCCAUGGCCACCAAUGCGCUGCAAGUGGCAACGAUUAACAGCAUUGGCGACUUUAUUCUUUUCUUGGGCAAAGUUGUUGUUGCUGCACUUUCGGGCCUCAUUGGCAUCUUUAUGCUGAAGGAUAAGCCCGGUCUCAAUUUCUAUAUGGCUCCCGUCAUACUAAUUAUCAUAUUCUCAUUCUUUAUUGCCCACAUUGUGCUCUCACUCUUUGAGAUGGUUGUGGACACGCUGUUCCUGUGUGUUUGUGAGGAUAAAACGAUUAAUGGACGCGGCGGCCGCUGGGCCCAAAGUAAUUUGGCUAAACUUGUGGGCGAGGAGCCGUUGCAGCCCGGUGAGGAACCGCCAAUCCAAGUGGUCGAAAUGAUGCCGAUCAAUAAACAACCGUUUAGCACACGACUGCCACCAAGCGAAAUCUCCCCAAUGGCGGAGUAAAUCCCAGAUGCUUUCUACUAAUAUAACUAAUAUUCCGUGUGCUCCCAAGAAUACAUUGAUUUACUCAUUACAAACGCACAUCUCUCAGCCGAUGGAACCAAGCUCGUGCCCUCCGUGUGAACAAACUCAACGUACAAACAACAUAGUAAAUGACAUACAUAUAUAACAUAUAUAAUCGCAAUUUAUGAUAUUUUUGUAAGCAUUAACGAAACUGAGGCAGCUGCAGCACAUUUGUAAACGUAUUUAUUAAACGUAUUCAUUUUUAUAUAUUUAUGUAAACAUUAAAAGAUUUAAGCUUU